AAAGGAAAAACAUGGAGAAAUUUGAAGGGUACAUGUUCACAGCUCUGUGCAGCACCAACUUCUUGGUGUCCUGCCUGCUGUUCUCCAGAGUGACGCGGGAGCAGAGGGAGCCCUACAUGGACGAGAUCUUCCACGUCCCGCAGGCUCAGAGAUACUGCCAGGGGAAAUUCAACGAGUGGGACCCCAUGAUCACCACGCUCCCGGGCCUCUACCUCAUGUCCGUGGGCGUCAUCAAGCCGGUGGUGUGGCUGGCCGACCUGACGGGGGACGUGGUGUGCUCCACGGCCAUGCUGCGCUUCGUCAACCUCCUCUUCAACUGUGGGAACCUCUACCUGAUCUACCUGCUGAUCUGCAAGCUGCACCACAGGGAGAAGACACGAACGACCUCACGGCGAGUCCUCUCGUCCCUGUCUCUGUCCACCUUCCCGGUGCUUUACUUCUUCAACUUCCUGUACUACACCGACGCCGGGUCCACCUUCUUCAUCCUCUUUGCGUACCUCAUGACGCUGUACGGCUGCCACAAGGCAUCGGCGCUGCUUGGCGUCUGCUCCGUGCUCUUCCGCCAGACCAACAUCAUCUGGGUGGCAUUUUGUGCCGGCACUCUGGUGGCUACCAAGAUGGACGAGGCCUGGAAGACAGAGCAUACGAAAAAGAGGGACGAGAAAUCUCCGCCCUCCCAGGUGCCACUGUCGUUUAGCGGAGCUAAGAAAGUGAUGGUAUUCUCGUUGGAGUUCCUCACCUCUCCUGGACAUGUGAAGGCUGUGCUGCAGGUGGCCUGGCCUUAUGCUGUGGUGGGUGUGGCUUUCCUGUUGUUUGUGGUGUUGAACGAUGGGAUAGUGGUUGGUGACAGGACGAGUCACGAAGCCUGCCUCAAUGUCCCCCAGCUUUUUUACUUCUUCUCCUUCUCCCUCUUCUUCUCCCUCCCCGUCUCGCUGUGCUACCACCGCACCCUCCGCUUCCUCCACGCCCUGAAGAAGCAGCCUUUCUUCUUCCUCCUAGUCACCGCUGUCUCUUUGCUCCUAGUUUGGAAGUUCACUUUCGUGCACAAGUACCUCCUGGCGGAUAAUCGUCACUUCCCCUUCUACGUGUGGAAAAACGUCUUCCAGAGGCACGAGCUUGUCCGCUUCCUACUCGUCCCAGUUUACGUUUUUGCUGGGUGGAACUUCCUGGACCCCUUCAAGUCACGCUCCCUCUUCUGGAGCCUGGCCUACCUGGCAUGCCUCCUGUGCGCCACGGUUCCCCAGAAGCUUCUGGAGUUCAGGUACUUCAUCAUUCCGUACCUGAUGUACCGUCUCCACAUACCGCUCCCGUCUCUUCCACGACUCGUCGCCGAGUUCCUGCUGUACACGGCCGUGAACGCCGCCACCAUUUACAUCUUCAUCACCAAGACCUUCCACUGGUCGGACAGCACGGCCACACAGAGGUUCAUGUGGUGAAGAGGCGUCUGGUGAUUCAGAGAACAAGUCCAUCCAGCAAAUCGUCACCAGUAUUGGGCAUUAAUAACUCAAUAAAAAUCCCAUCAGUUUAAUCAAAAAUUGUAUGUGUCAGUGACAAAUUCCAAGAAAAGUUGACUGAUACCAACAUGAUACAGUGAAAAGACUGGUGCUGUAGUCAGGAAGAGUAUUUACCAUCUGGAAAAGCUCUUUAAAAUUCUUUUUUUACAGUGAAGUUUGUGCAUUUUCUUCUUGCAACCACUCUUCCAUUUACUGUAAAUGGAAGAAGCAAAGUACUCUGGACACGGUUCCUAAACAGUUUUGAAAAUUACAGAAAAGUUUAAAUGAAUGUAUCACAGAUCACAAAUAAUGCUUUAUAGAAUCUGUAUUUAGUAUACGAUAAUCCUUUCCAGAGUUGAGAAGUCUAAAUAUUACAGAUUCUGACAUAUAGCUGAUCUAAAUGGGUCCAGGUGUCAGAAAAAGAAUGAAAUAUCCCUUUACCAAACUGCCAAAUCAGAAGCUAAUUUCUGCAUCAAAUAGUGCCAUGAACGCACAAAAUAAAACCAAAAUAUUGACAAAUAUUUUGUACUCUUAUUUUCAAAACAUUGUAAAAACAGCUGGACAAACUGUGGAUAUUUGAGACUUGAAAAGUUUGGAGUUUUGAAACAGAAAAUGAGUAGGAACCCUGUCGGAGGGGGUUCUUUGCCAACUCAAGCUGAAAAUAUGAUUACGGAAACUGAUGGUCAUUUCUCAACUUCACCAUUUUGUACCUUCUUAGUGUUUGGAUGUUUGUUUGUUUGUUUGCCACAAAAUGGAGCCAUUUGCCAUGUGAUGUUUCCUAGCAACCACCCAUUAGUUCUUACCUGACUGGAAACCUUUUGUACCCGCUAAUGCCACUGAUGAUUUCAAGUUAUUUUCUGUAUUCUACCCAAUAGUUUGGUUACUGAUAUCCAGUUGCAUUUAGGUAAGGAGCAGUAACACAGCGCUGCCCAUAUCCAACUUUUUGCUGCGUGCUGCAGGGUCAGCUGGCUGAAAGAAGGCUCCUACACUUACAAGAAAGACUACUUCUGCUGCAGAUGAGAGGUCACAGAAAAAUAUGACAGUCAGUAAAUGUUUUAAAUGAUACUUGCUGCUUUACUGUUAUCAUUUAGGAGUUUUAUGUUGUGUCUAAUCAGGGUGAUUAUCUUAUAGGAGAACCAAAAUGAAAUGCAAAUGGGGUAAAAUACACAGUUUUCAGGAAAUAUACUUCAAUCAUACUUGAAAAUACUUAGAUACAAAGAAAAAAAAAAUAGGUGAAGACUUUGUUUAUGAGUAAUGGCAACAUGUGGGUACGCAUCGGCGUAGGGGCGAAUUGACCCGGAGCUGAAGAAAGAGACCAAAAAUGUUUUGUUUGUGCCAAGGGAAGAACAGUGAAGUUCCAGCUUUACAUUACUGGGACUAUUAGCUGAGGGUAGAAAUGUUUUCCAUACCUACCUGAAUUGCUACAUUUACAAAAGCCAUGAAGAUCCGCUGGAGAUGAACGUUAAAUGUGGCUGUGAUUGUGUGUUCAGUUGGUUUUACUUGUGAAUUAUUGGUAUUAUUUCUGCACUCUGAUGUUUUUGUCUUUGCUGAUUUGUGUACGUGAUUAGUUUUGCAGUUUCUAUCUUGUCCCUUAUCCAUUCGUGACUUGAUUAUUUCAGUUUUUAUCUCUAGUCAGUUUAGCAUUGUAGAUAAGUCGUCAGACCUGUACAGUGGCAUGCAAGGGUUUAGUGAAAUCACCUGCUUGAAGAUCAGCUUAGUGGUUGUCAUCUUUUCUUCUUUUUCCGUUUCCAAAUGACAGGAGGAUUAGUGCGAGAGCAGGUUUUGGAUGGCUUCCAGCUGCUUAGAUUCCUGAAGUUCUUGUGUUUCUGAAUGGUGCAACUCUUGUAUGGUGCUGCCUUCACUUGUCACUCUGAAAUUGUACAGUUUACCUUUGAUUAUGUUUUCCACCACUGUUUUUAUGAUUUUUCUGUGUCCACUUCUGUGAACUUCUUGAUACAACUUUGAAUAAAAUGUGUUGGACAAAA